GAAGGACUCGGACAACGUUGCCGUUGUGGCUCCACCUGAUUAGACUGCGGUUUCUUUUCAAAUCUCAUUGUUAAUCGGAUUACCACAUACAUGAAUUAAAGCGGUGAAGAGGGUGGUUAUCAAAAUCAAAACUUUGCAACUCACUGAUUAAAACUGCUCUGCUUUGUCUGUCUAUUUCUGCUUUCUUUCUGUUUCUUUUCUUCACACAGAGGACAAGAAGAAGAAGAAGAAGAAGAGGUGGGUGAAUGGCUACACUAACCGUUCCACCGGUGGCUAUGUCUCCACGAGACGAUGCCAUACAGCUUCAUCGUGCCUUCAAAGGUUUUGGAUGUGAUACUGCUGCAGUUAUCAAUCUCCUCGCACAUCGAGAUGCGACAUGCCGUGCUCUCAUCAGCCAGGAGUACAAGGCAAUGUAUUCAGAAGACAUUCGUAAACGCCUGGUUUCAGAGCUUACUGGUAAACUAGAGACAGCUGUUCUGCUCUGGAUGCACGAUCCGCCUGGACGAGAUGCAGUUGUUGUCAAGCAGGGAUUGAGUUCGGAUACAACAAAUCAUGAAGCUGCAACUGAAGUAAUCUGCUCUCGGACCCCGUCUCAGAUUCAAGUAAUGAAACAACAUUAUUAUGCAAAAUUUGGUGUUCAUUUGGAGCAUGAUAUUGAAUUACAUACUUCUGGGGAUCAUAAGAAGCUAUUGCUGGCAUAUGUAAGCACACCUCGUUCUGAAGGGUUUGAAGUUAUUAAAGAGAUGGCCGAGAAGGAUGCAAAGGUUUUAUAUAGAGCAGGUGAAAAGAAAUUGGGAACCGAUGAGAAGACUUUUAUUAACAUCUUCAGUCAGCGAAGCCGGGCACAAUUAUCUGCCAUCUCCUAUGCUUAUCAAGACAUGUAUAAAAACUCGCUGGAAAAGGCAGUGAAGAAAGAGACUUCUGGAAAGUUUGAGCAUGCGUUGCUGACAAUUCUCCGUUGCGCUGAGAAUCCAGGAAAGUAUUUUGCAAAGGUGCUGCACAAGGCAAUGAAAGGUUUGGGCACCAACGACACAACUCUCAUAAGGGUAAUUGUAACAAGGACUGAGAUUGAUAUGCAAUACAUAAAGGCUGAGUACCUGAAAAAGUACAGGAAGACCUUGAACAAUGCGGUUCACUCGGAAACAUCAGGUCAUUACAGGACCUUCCUGCUAUCUCUUUUGGGUCCAAACAAUUAGCCAAAGUUGGAAGUCUUAUGUCUAAGUAACUCCACAACUGUGUAGUGUGUCUUAUGUGUAUUGAAUGAUUUCUUGAAUCAUGUCUGUGACGAUUUUCCCAGAAUUUGAUUUGGUGUGAAUUAGGCUGUUUUAUAUUGUAGUGUUAGUUUGAUUGUUUAUAUACAUAUAUCAUUGUGGA